GUCAGUUGCAGUGCUGUGAUGUGAAGCAAAAAUACGAAUCAAAAAUACCUUUCACUGAGUUGGACUGACGGUCUGUGUCACUGCAAUGCAGUUUUUCGUAGUUUGGCAUCAUGAUUUUUGUAACUCUUCACCUUGCCACAAACUUAUGUUGAUGUUCCGUCAUGACCUCGAGUAACUUGACAAGUAAUGUAGAAAAUUACUGAUACAGUAUAGUGCUUAUUGGCAUUCAGUUUUAUACUACUUUUACACUGUAAGUGUGAUUGACCUUAAAUUCUGCAAUGCUUUGGAGGGUACGUCACAAAAAUCACGACAGCGUGUCAGCAGCAGUACAAAUAGUAACACGUAGAUUCUUAUGAACAAUGACGAAAAAGAGAGUUAAAACAACCUUUUUAGAUGAAUUUGAAUAUCUGACAAUUCUAACAAAAACAAUCAUUAUUAUCUAGAUCCAGACUGCUGCAGCAGGUUACUGUAUUUUGUAAGCAUGGCAGGUCCGCAGAAAAAGGGAGAACCGCUGCCAGAAGAUGUGGGUACAGAUGACUGCCUGACUUCAUACACACACAUCUACAGUCCAGAUUUACUAAAGGAUCAGGUUGCUUUCAUCACAGGUGGGGGAUCUGGAAUUGGACUCAGAAUAGCUGAAAUCUUCAUGAGGCACGGCUGCGACACAGUGAUUGCCAGCAGGAACUUGGACAAGCUCAAAGAGGUCGCUAAAAAGCUGUCUGCUGUGUCAGGACGCCGCUGUCUCCCUUUGUGUAUAGAUGUGCGGCAGCCUGAGAGCAUCGCAGCAGCUGUGGAUGAGACACUGAAAGAGCUGGGCCGUGUAGACAUCCUUAUUAACAAUGCUGCUGGAAACUUCCUCUGCCCGGCUACGGCGCUCUCCUUCAAUGCCUUCAAGACGGUCAUGGAGAUAGACACUAUGGGGACAUUCAACACCAGCAAAGUGGUUUAUGAGAAGUGGUUCAAGGAUCACGGUGGCAACAUAGUGAACAUCUCUGCAACACUGGGCUACAAGGGGCAGGCCCUCCAGGUGCAUGCUGGCUCUGCGAAGGCUGCAAAUGAUGCCAUGACUAAGCACCUGGCUGUGGAGUGGGGGCCCAGUGGGGUGAGAGUCAAUUCUGUGGCGCCAGGUCCUAUCUCUGGCACAGAAGGAUACCGCAGACUGGGUGGCCCCAGAGGGGAGGCUGCUGGUGCCUUCCAGUCCAUUCCUCUGCAGCGAGCAGGCAACAAGACAGAGAUGGCCCACUGCACUCUUUUCUUGGCCAGCCAGGCAUCGUCCUAUGUGACUGGAGCCGUCCUGGUGGCUGAUGGCGGGGCGUGGUUGACCUCCGCCAAUGACGUCUCCCUGCUGUUGGGUUAUUGGUCAUCUGAAAAGAAAAGAGACAAGUAAAUGCUGAAAACAAACGGGUAAUUUAGGGGCCACCUGCAGAACUGAUAUGCUCCAUGUACAGUGUUUGUGGUAUAUCUCACCCACUGCUGUCUGAAGAGUGUGUUGGAGGAGUUGAACACUAACAUGCUAUACUUAUUGUAUUAUAUGUUACAAUCUUAGAAGUGGAUCAACCUAUAUAACAAUUAUGGGACUUUUCAACAUCUACAGUGCCAUGUAUUAUACAGUAAUCAUGCAUUUCAUGUACAGUCGUGUUUAUCACAAGCCAUUUCAUGUGGUUUCUCAGUACCUCUCAUUCAUUAAUAAAACUUUUGUAUAAUUAGUUAA